CUCCUUCUCUCCCUCCCUGCCGGGAAGCAGCUCUGGGAGCAGCUGCGUCGGCCCCCGAGCUUCCCCCGGCGGCGGCUGUGCCGAGCCCGCGGGGCGCAGCAAUCCAACUAGAAGGGUUGUUAAACCAUCCACUUGCCCAGUUCAUCCCUCUGGCUCCUGUUUAGAGGAGACUGUUGUCAGUGCAGCUUCCAGUGAAUUCUUUGUAGCUCGAUAAAGCUGGGCUUGAGGUAAGGCUGACCACUAAACUUACCUCAUAUACAAUAUUUACCUACUUCACCCCCCUACCCCCCCCCCAAAUGGUGUUUUUCUGAGCCAGGAGCAGUGUUUGAAAUUGGGAGAACUCUUCCCUUUUCUCCUGAGAACUGUGUGCCAGUAAACAAGAAUGAAAGAUGGAAACCACUCUGAAAGAAAAGUGUAACUGAUCAAUUGAAUUUCACGGCCACCUUAGUACAUGUAUGCCAACAUUUUAAAUGCUUUUCUGUACAAUUUAAACGACAUUUUCCAUGUGAUUCCCAGUGUCCAAGACCCACAACUCUCCCGUGCUUUAUCAUGCACCUAGAGUUAUUUUUUUUUUUUUUCUGCUGAGAUCUCUACACCCACCUUUCCUUGCCCUCUGUGUGCCUUCUCUGCUUUUUGGGGUGUUUGAUUUUUUUGCCAGGGCCGUGCUGGUUAACUCAGAGUUUCCUGCUCUGUCUGAGCUGAAUCAGAAGUGAUGGGUUGAGCAGCUGCAUCCAGAGCAGGGCAGAACAACCGAAUUGUCGAUUUUCAUACAUUGCCACUUUCUGCAAUCCCAGUUCACGUGAGGGAAUAGGAAGAGGUUUAAUUUGUCUUGAAAUGGCCGGGCCCUUGUAAGUUAUCCCUACUCCAGUCCAAAUUUCACCCUCUUUUCAAUAACUUCCCCCCGCCCCCCCGCCCCAUUUCUUCUCAUAAUUUCAGGCCUCAGUUUCCCCUCCCCACUAAAAUUCGUGGAAUGCAUUUAAUACUCAUCAUCUAUUGCAUAAUUCCAAAAUGUCACUUAGACUUCUUGAAAAGCAGAAUAACUUGCUAGAGGAAAGCUAUAUUAAAGGAUUAUUUCUUUUUCUCUCUUUUCCCUUCCAACCAUGCUUUUAUUUUAAAAGAAUGGCACAAAAGAAGUAUUUGAUAGCAAAACUGACAAGCUGCUUAAGAGAGGACAAAAUUCAGCUAUGGAAACCACCAUAUACAAAUGAAAAAAAAGAAGCUGGUGAAGAGAUGAAGGAGCUAGUACAAAAGUAUUCAUCCAAGCUGAAUAUCAGUGAAAAUGAUACAGAGAAUAUGCUUGAAGAAAUACGGUGUAAAGCAAUUGAGCGUGGGACAGGAAAUGAGAAUUUUAAAGUGACUGGGAUUGCAAGACUUGAUAUAUACCUGCCUCGUAGAAAAAGCAGGAAAAUCCCACUGGAAACCAGUCUGUUCAUCACAGGCAAAGAGCUCAGAUCCCAGAUAGCACAGGAAUAUGCAUUACAAGAAAAUGCUGUCAAAAUAAUCAUAAAUAAGAAGCAGCUUGAUCUGGGUAAAACCCUUGAAGAUCAGGGUGUCACACACAAUGCAAAAGUGAUGGUGCUUCAAUUGGAACAGAGUGAUGAAGAAACCAAAAGGAAAGUUCAGGAGGAAGAACUUCAGUGUAAGAAAGACAAAGAAAUAAAUGACAAGAUGCAAAGAACUAAGAAGGGUUUGGAAAUUCUAGCAGAGAGAGAGGAGUACUUGGAUCCAGACUCAGUCCCAUACCUAGAUAUAGCCAAUCAGACUGGAAGGUCAAUUCAGGUUCCUCCUCAAGCUAAAAAAGCGCUUGUGCUGGCAAUGGGUUACCAUGAGAAGGGCAGAGCAUUAAUGAAGAAGAAAGAAUAUGAAAUAGCACUGCCAUAUUUGUUGGAUGCUGAUAAACACUUCUGUGAGUGUAGCACAGAGCUGCUGAACACGGUUGAUAAUUACGCAGUGCUGCAGCUGGACAUAGUGUGGUGCUACUUCCGUCUGGAGCAGCUGGACUGCCUGGAUGAUGCAGAGAAGAAGCUGUCCACAGCACAGAGAUGCUUCCAGAGGUGCUAUGGGGAGAACCACGAAAGACUUAUUGACAUCAAAGGAAGCUAUGGUCGUGAGAAGGUUUUAUUUCUACGGCUUUACCUCCUUCAAGGGAUUGGGCACUACCACAGUGGCAGAGAAAAGGAGGCUGCAGAGUACAUUCAGAAGGCGUCGUCUUUGUACGGAGAGCUGUCCAUAGAUCCUGAUAAAGUGGAUCGCCUGUCACUCCUGGGAUUCUCAGAACAGGAAGCUCGCCUUGCCCUGCGAGCGUGCCACGGGAAUGUGGAGCAUGCUGCCAAUCUAAUCACCAACAGGAGAGAGGAAAAGGCACAGAUCAGGAGGGAGGAGAGAGCUAAAAGGCGGCGGCGACUGGAAGACAUCAAUACCCUGAAAAAUAUGGGCUACCCAGAGAGAGCUGCUCAGGUGGCUCUUCAAAAGACACAAGGAAACCUCGACCAAGCCUUUAAGUUUAUUCUUGACAAUCCUGAGUUACUCUUGGAAGAUGAUGAUGAUGAUUCUGUGGCCAUGGACCAGUUUCAGGUUUCCCAAGAAAGUAUUGAGCAACUGACGUACAUGGGUUUCAGCCGUGAGUCAGCAGAGCAAGCUUUAAAGGUCUUUAAAGGGAACAUCCAUGUGGCUUCCCAAACCCUUGCUCAUUAUGGGGGAGUUCUUCCCCCUUCACUGCUGCUGUCCUCAGAAGGGUCCAGUCCAUCAGAGGAAUCUGCUUCUUCCAAGGACCUCCUCACAGAGUCUGCAGGUUCCUCUAGUUCACCAACAGAUGAAGACAUGGAGGCGGAUGUAGUCAAUGAAAUCCUUGAGGAUAUUCCUGAACAUGAAGAGGAUUAUCUGGAUUUAACACUCGAGGAAGAAGAACAGAUAAUUCAUGAAUACCUAUCCUAUAUACAAGUACCGCAGCACUAAAUCCCAUUAAAUCUACUUCAGUUAUAUGUAUUUACCUUGUCAAAUUGAGUUGGAUUAUAAAUGCACCUUUGGCUUAUCUCUUACUGAGGGCCUUGAAUUUUGUUAAACUGUAGUUAAAAUACUUAAUUCCUGCUUAUUUGUAACUCUGCUUAAAGUCUACAUUUGUGAUACAUUGUAAUUUAUUGUCAUAGGAAAAUAGAAACAUUUAUUUUCAGAAGAAAAUUUAAUAGAACUAAACUAUAUUUUUAUUGUGAAAUAAGCUAAAGCACUUAGUAAAGAAGCAUUUCUAUACCAUUUUAAAAUACCAGCUUUAAAAGAAAAACAUGAGUUUGUAAAUGAAAAGCCUUAGUUCACGAGGCUGUAGAGGUAUAUCAGCUUUCCAACUUUUCUUCUGAAAGAUUUCUAACAGACAUUAAUGUAUCUGUUAUGCAUGGUUUAUACCGUGUUCUGCUUGUCCCUACCUGCAGAUGUUACACAGGCAAUAAAGGUAACUCUGUGCUGCUUCUGCCUUUGGUGAGAGA